AUGAAGUUCUCAACCAUCGUCGUCGCAGCUGUUUCCUCAGCCAUUGCCGUCUCCGGCACCCCCAUCGAGAAGCGUCAAAUCGGCGGCGUUCUCCUCUGCACCGGCGCCAACGCAACCGGCACCUGCUCCUAUAACGUCUACGACCUCAAGACUUGCCACCAGCUGCCCGCGCCCUAUCACCACAACACCAGCACGUUUGCGCCCGACGGCGAAGAUUUCGAGUGCUUCCCCCGUAUCGGCGACUGCGGCUCCAUUUGCACCAGCCCGACGGGAUGUACUUUCGGCGCCGUCGACUUCAGCUACAAGAACAAGUUUAACCUGGGUGCUAUCAAGUGGAAUACCUUGAUUUCCAGCUUUGACUGCUCAUUGAAGACGCCUCCAAGCACUGAAUAA